CAGCUGGACUGGAUCCCAGCAAGGGUGGACACCAGCUCCUCGAAAGGAGGAUGUCUCAACUGUCAGUGAAGGAACAUCUGGAUGGGAUCCUUUCAGACUUUGAAGCCUUAAAGAGGUCCUUUGAGAUGGAAGAUGUGGAAGAGGUACCUUCAUGCUCAACCAGAUCUUCUGUAAAUCCGUGCCCAUCUGAAAAUGGAGAGGGGAAAAGAAUGGGAGGACCCAUGCAGCACAUCUACCAGUCUCCCAUCAGCAUGAGCUCCAUCCCCAGUCCUUCACACAGUCCAGUCCCAAAAACCAGGAUCACUAACAGCCUGUCUUUCAACCGAGGCACCAUUCAUUUGCCUCGGGCCAAUGGGACCAAUCUCAUCAGGGUGUCCUCCUUCCAAACUCAGCUGAAUCCCAAUGGAUUGUCUUCAUCUUUAGGGCCAGGAAGUGAUGAGAGUCUUCACAGUUCUUCUUCCAGUUUGGAGUGCCCAACACCCACAAGAUGCCCUCCAAAUCCUGCUGGGCAAACUGAGUCCUCUGGAAUUGGGAUCUCUCAGGUGUCUAGUCCUUUGCUGAAGAAGUUCUCUUCCCAUGGGAAUGUCUUCCAUGCUGAGGUGGACCGUCCCAUCCGGCAGGUCUCCAAGGCCACUGUGAAUCACAGCUCCUUGCCAUCCCUUGACCUGCAUAUUGCAGAAGACCAGGGGCCCAGUCCUACCUUCUGCGCCACCUCAAACAUUGGCCCCAUCAACAGGUGGAGCUCCCAAGAGCAAAAUUCUAUCUUGCCUCUUCCAAAGAACAGAACAUUAUUGAGAAGGGAUUCUCCUUUCUCCGCCAUGGAGGUAGGCCAGUUGGUGAAUGUGACUUCUGCUUCCUUGGCCUCCCGACAAACAGCAAAGCUGCAAACGUUUCCCACCAGCCUGGACAAGUUAACUGGAAACCCCCCAGUUGGUUCUGUUCUUCCUUCAGUGGCUGAUCCUAUACCCAAAUCUUUGCCUAAGGCCCAGAUUCAGAUCAACCUUGGCCACAGCCUGCCUCAUCAAUCUCCAGAACUGGCCAACAAAGAUCAAGUGAUCAUAAUCCAUGACACUUCCCUAACAACCUCUUAUGGAAGCCUUCCAGAGGUAUCAGAGACAGAGAGAACAGCUUCUCAUCCUCAGGCUGCUUCUUUCCAGCUUGUCUCUCAGUCUCCAAUUACUCCAGCUACUUCCCAGUCCUCUUUUCCUGGGUACCCAAUGGUGGUGCCACCUCCAGCAUUGCCCAACCCAAGAGAAAACUGCCCUGUUCUGAUUGGCUCCAACUCUUGCCAAGAUACCUCCAAAGCUCCAAAUCCAGAUCUGCCUUUUGGCCCAGGGGAAGGGUCUGUGGACCAGCCUCUGGAGGUCUUCGAGAAGAAGGAAGUCUCUGCAGAGAGGGACUCACUAAAAGAAGAGACUCAUCCCAAGCUUCAGCAGCUGAGCAUGGAGGACGGCCUAGCAGGAGAACCGAUUCCCCAGGGUGGUUCGGCCCUCAGCACCAAGGAUGGGGGACAGUUUGGCUAUGUGGGGAUUGAGGCAGUCCUGGACCAGAUGCGUAUCAAGACCAUGAAGACAGGCUUUGAAUUCAACAUCAUGGUUGUAGGACAGAGCGGCCUUGGCAAGUCCACCAUGGUCAACACCCUCUUUAAAUCCAAGAUCAGUCGGAAAUCAUCCUGUUCUGGUUAUGAGGGGCGUAUUCCCAAAACUGUGCAGCUGCUUUCCAUCACCCAUAUUGUUGAAGAAAAAGGAGUGAAGAUGAAGCUGACGGUCACGGACACACCCGGAUUUGGGGACCAGAUUAACAAUCAAAACUGCUGGCAGCCGAUCAUUCAGUACAUCAAUGACCAGUACGAGCGCUACUUAAAAGAGGAGAUCCUUAUUAAUCGCAAGCAGAAAAUCCCAGAUACCCGUGUGCAUGCCUGUGUGUAUUUUGUACCACCCACAGGUCACUGGCUCCGCCCCUUGGACCUGGAGUUCAUGAGACGUCUCAGUAAGAUCACCAACGUGGUUCCCGUCAUUGCCAAAGCAGACACCUUGACCCUUGAGGAGAGGGCAGAGUUUAAACAGAGGGUUCAGAAGGACUUGAAGGCCCACGGAAUCCACGUUUACCCCCAAGUUGACUUUGACGAUGACCCAGAUGAUCGGCUUUUGAACGAUAAAAUCCGGGAGAAAAUCCCCUUUGCUGUGGUGGGAGCAGACAAGGAGCACCAGGUGAAUGGGAAGAAAGUCCUGGGUCGCAAGACCAAGUGGGGGAUCAUUGAAGUGGAAAACCCAGCCCAUUGUGAGUUUCCUUUGCUGCGGGAUCUCUUAAUCCGGUCUCACCUCCAGGAUCUCAAGGACAUCACCCACACUGUACAUUAUGAACAAUACCGCAUCCAGCGCCUCAAUGAAAGCAACCGGCUGGCCAAGGGUGGCGAGUGGCUGGCACUGAGCUCCCUCACCUUUGAGGCACAGGGACAGCAUGCUCUCCCCUGCCCCACCUCAGCCCCAGCACCCCUCCAGUAGCUUGUGCAGACUGGCUUCCCCUUUCUUUUUCUUUCUGGGGGGAUUAGCUGGAGCAAUGUUCCCAGAAGACGUCACACUCCCCCUGUAGCCCCAAAGUCCUCUGAGCAUCUAUGCCCCACUGCUGGACACCUUCCUUUCCAUCUGUCUUCCAUGCAGCUUCACAUCUUGGAGAAGAACAUGCUGGAACAGCUGGCAAUUUAGCCAACCUUUUCACAUUCCUUGCCAUCUGCUCCACAUGACUGUCUUUGCUGUGACCUCUACUUCUCAGCUAAGCACUGCACAUCAUCCCAGGAAAACCUCCAUGCUGCCCUUGGAAGCAGUUUCCUUCUUUUCAGAUGUUUGGACAGGAGCCCACUGGCCCUAGCAGAGAACCAUUUCCUUCCUUAACCCACAUUUUAUUCCCUCCUUUGUUUGUUCCUAAAGCUAGUGGCUCCACGGUGCUUCCCUGUUGUGUUUUUGGGGUGGGGUGGGGAAUGGGGGAGAGACCCCGAAGGUUUUGCAUUGUGUCAAAGGUGGAGCUCACAAACUCUGAUAGCCCAAGUGGGGACUCUUUCUCCAUUGUAGAUUGACCCAGACUGCAGGGUUGGUAUCUGCAGGAAGGUUCUUCAGAUGAAGGGUCAACCUUCUUUUGGUUGACUUGGACUGACUGGUAGGACCAAAAUCACUCAUCUGGAAGGUGGCUGGACAGCUGGAGGAAUGAGAUAUUACAAGCAAUCUUCUGCACAAGAGAUGGUCUAGCUGUGAGACCUGUGUCACCCUGUACAAAGCUAUGAGCUUCUGACUGAGGAAUGCUCCCUCUGGGUACUUCUUCUCCUGAGAUCCGUGAGCCUGGGACUAUGCAGAACAUUUUGUUCCAGCCUGGUCCCAUGUUGAUGCAGAAGAAGAUACCUGGGAAAACUCUUCCAUCUUCCAGAAUUUGCUCAACUGCCCAGGCUUGUGGUUCCAUCCAUGACAUUGACACUCCCGAGCAAAGGCUCUUGGUCAGCUUGUGAGUCUCUCCAGUUAUUACAUUAAAUUCUAAUUUAGAA